AUGGAAAAGAAGGCGGCCGCAUCUCUUUGCAGCAGUUUUGUUGUUCCACUCGAAAUCCAAAUAGAAAUUUUAUCAAGAAUGCCGGUGAAGAGCCUCAUCCGAUUCAAGUGCGUUCAAAAAUCAUGGUGCAAUCUCAUCCAAGACCGUUCUUUCAUCGUCAGGCAUAUGGAUCGUUUUGGUAAAAACAAGUAUGUUUUUCUCCUCCGCAAUUUUACUUUUGAUCAAUACAUCAAGCAAUAUUGCAUAGGAAACGAGAGCAAUAAUAUUAUUGAGGGUACCGAAAUUCACAUGUCAACUAAAUGGUUAUUUGGAGAAUCAAAAGGGUCCAUAAUCGGUUCGAGCAACGGAUUAGUUUGUUUAAGCAGUCACUCUUUUGUCCUGCACCAACCGGAUCUCUUGAAAAUACAUAUUUGGAAUCCUUCCACAAGAAAAAUCAUGGAACUUCCUAUAUGUCAUGGUGGGGAUAUUGGAGCUACUAUUAUUUCUCCUUAUUUUUUCCUUGGCUUUGGAUUUUGCCCUAAGAUUGAUGAUUAUAAGGUGGUAAGGGUUAUGCUGUAUGCUCAUUCUUAUGGUUGGCCACCAUUAGAGGUUCAGGUUUACACCUUAAGCACAAAUUCAUGGAAAAGGAUGACAAUGGCAAACCCUGGCUGGGGUCUAUCGCCUUCGUUAGGACGAAACGGGGUCACAAAUGGGGCUUGUCAUUGGCUAGGACUACAAAUAAAUUCAUCAAAGAGAAUGUCGAUCAUUGCUUUCAAAUUUGAUGAGGAGGUAUUUCUAGAGAUUAAUACACCAAAUCAUCAUAUUUUUCAAUAUAGAAGCAGCUUUACGGUUUCGGAUAUAUUCAUCACAGAAUAUCGAAGUUUCCUUUCUUUGAUUUCCAAAGGAGCUGAUGGAAAUUCUGCAUUUGACAUAUGGGUGAUGAAAGAAUAUGGUGUAGCUGAUUCUUGGGUUAAACAAUUCGCUAUUGAAGUACCAGUCCCACAACAUAAAUUGCAGGUAAUGGUGAACUUUGACAAUAAUGGUGCUCAACUUCUUCUACUUCUAGAUAAGAAUACGAGAAGGUUGUUUUGGUAUGAUAUCAAGACCAAUCAAAUUGAAGAGGAGCACGAAUUGUUAAACUUCUUAUAUCCAGAUGAGCAAGUCAUUGGUUGUAUGGAAAGCUUAGUUUCAUUGCCUGGGGAAAUUAGCACUGUGAUUUGA